AUGAUACUGGGAAAGUACAAUUGGUGCCAGGUUCUAGUUCUUCGCCUCCUGAGCCCAACAAAACCUCGGGUAUUCCAAUUGUCAAGAAUCCAAGUGAUUCUGUUUAUCGGAAGACGUGUCAUCAGUGUCGGUAAAAAAACAAGAGACUCUCGGACACUAUGCAGGAACCUGAAGAAAAACAAGCCUUGUCCUAUUAAGUACUGCCAGAGAUGCGUCUUAAACAGAUAUGGAGAGAAAGCCGAAGAGGUGGCACAGUUGGAGGAUUGGAAGUGCCCUAAGUGCAGAGGCAUUUGCAAUUGCAGUUUUUGCAGGAAGAAAAUAGGUUGUGCACCUACUGGUAUUCUGGUGCACAAGGCCAAGGCAACUGGAUUUUCUUCUGUUUCAGAAAUGCUGCAAGUUAUGGAUCCUGACAAUAGUGUUAAGAAUGUAAAGGAAAUGGUUGCUUAUCCAAAAAAAGCCUGCUACCCCGAGCAAGGAGUCUGUGAACAAGAGGAUGGUGAUAUCCUACAAGAGAAGAGUUCUGGGACAGGAUCAUCCCAGAAAGUGUCUUCUGAUUCCAUUGAAAUAGGAGAAAACGGAGAAGGAGAUAGCACAAUCUGCCAAAAUAUGGGAGGUUUAGAUAAUGCAGGAGCCAAGCGCUAUAAAGUCGUCAAAUCACAUACGGUUAAGAACACUUUGAAAUUUCAGGACAGAGCAUUUGAUGUUGAUGUUCAAUUUCCUCAGGACACCAGGUUAACUACUGUAACUGGAAUUGAGUUGCCUCCUGAAGAUGUUGGGGAUGCACUGCAAUUCUUAGAAUUCUGUGCAGCUUUUGGAAAGGAUUUGAUCACUUACCGAACAAGACACGGGCUGCAUCCUUGA